AUGCAUGUCAUGCUGUUCUCUUGCUGUUUCCUGGUCUUGCUUAUGCCCGGUCCGUGUUUUACGGCACCCACGUUUGUGCCGGAGGGAGACAGCUCUCCUUCCACAGAACCACAGGUUGACUUGAAGCUGGCCACUGAAUACCUUCAGCAGUACUACAACCUGCAAAUAGAACCUAUGGGACGCAUGAAGCGGAGUGGGCCCUCCUUUACCUCCAAGGUGAAAGACAUGCAGAUAUUCUUUGGGCUCAAUGCAACGGGUGUCCUGGACUCAGACACCCUGGAGGUGAUGAGCAGCCCUCGAUGUGGGGUUCCAGAUGUGGAGGAGUACAGUCACAUUCAGGGGACACGAUGGAACAAGAAUGUCAUCACCUACAGCAUAGGCAGAUACACCAGAGAUUUGCCUCGCAACACUGUGGACUCUCUGGUUGAGUCAGCUUUCAGCGUUUGGGCCAGAGCCAGCAGUCUGACGUUUGUCAGGUCCCACACCCGCAGCGCUGACAUCAUGGUGGAGUUUGUGACCAGUGAACAUGGUGACUUGUAUCCAUUUGACGGACCCAGAGGCACACUGGCUCAUGCUUUCGGUCCAGGGUUGGGUGUUGGAGGGGACACGCACUUUGAUGACGAUGAGCACUGGACAGCUGGAGAAACAGGUUUUAAUCUGUUUGUUGUAGCUGCACAUGAGUUUGGCCAUGCUUUGGGCCUGAAGCACUCCAGAAACCCUGCGUCACUGAUGUAUCCGACCUACCGAUCCCCCCGCGCCAACCUAUUAUCCAGUGAAGAUGUAGCAAAUAUCAACGCACUUUACAGUCCAGUCAGAAGUCGUCCAAAUUACUUUUCGAUGUAUGGCUGGAGCUCUCAGUCCAACCCCCGGCUGUCAGGAUCGCUGUUCCCGCAGCUCAUGCAAAAUAAAUGUGAGCCAGACCUGACCUUUGACGCAGUUUCCACUCUUGGGGAUGCCACCUUCUUUUUCAGAGAGAAAUAUCUCUGGAUUAAACAUAAUGAGCAAUAUGACAUCAAAGAAGGUCCCAUCACCAACUUUAUGCCCAAGAUUGAAACCAGCAUCGAUGCUGCCUUCUGGGUGCCUCGCAGAUCCACUGCUUAUCUAAUUCAUGAAUCCAUGUUCUGGACUGUGAAAGGGUCUGUUGUGAAAGGAAAGCCGCGAGCACUCAGCCACUUUGGGUUUCCAGCCUGGGUCCAGGACGUUGACGCAGCAGUGCACAUUGUGAAAACAAGACGCACCCUCUUCUUUAUGCAUGAUAUUUACUGGAGUUACAAUGAAAAUCGAAGGGUAAUGGAUUUCGGUUACCCAAAGUACAUCAGCGAGGACUUUCCUGGCAUCAACACAACAAUAAAUGCAGCUGUUUAUAAAGCGGGUUUCAUCUACUUCUUUGUUGGGCCACACGUCUACAAAUACGACUACACCCAGAAACAUGUUGUUGGAGUUGAGAAAGCAAAUUCCUGGCUGGGAUGUUGAAAUACUGUAAAUCCAUGAACAUGCAGCAAGGAAAUUACCUGAAAACCUUAAUUAAAUUAAACCAAGAAAAGACA